AUGCUUUUUUUUUUUUUCCUCUUGUUGGUAAAGGGUGCUCGAGUAGGCAGAAUAGAUGCUUUUGUUCAGAGCUUGGACAAAAAUUUUAUGGUUCCAGUAGGUGGUGCUAUCAUUGCUGGCUUCAAUGAGUCCUUCAUUCAGGAGAUCAGCAAAAUGUAUCCAGGAAGAGCAUCUGCAUCUCCUUCCUUAGAUGUCCUCAUUACACUUCUGUCUCUAGGUGCCAGUGGCUACAAACAGUUACUGAAAGAAAGAAAGGAGAUGUUUUCCUAUCUUUCAAGUGAGCUGAAGAAGCUGGCAGAUAACCACAAUGAGAGACUGUUAGACACACCACAUAAUCCCAUUUCCUUAGCCAUGUCACUGAAGAAUCUAGGUGAAAAUAAUGCUGCUGCUGUUACCCAGCUUGGAUCUAUGCUUUUCACAAGACAAGUUUCUGGAGCAAGAGUUGUUCCCUGUGGGUCUGUCCAAACAGUGAAUAACUACACUUUUAAAGGCUUCAUGUCACAUACAAAUGAUUAUCCCUGUGCUUACCUCAAUGCUGCCUCAGCAAUUGGAAUUAAAAAGCAAGAUGUAGAUGUAUUCCUGAAAAGACUCGACAAGUGUUUGAAGACUUUUAGAAAAGAAGCAAAGAACGAAAAAAGUGUAAAUGAAAUAUGUAAUUCUAAUACAGGCACAGAACAGCUUGAAGACUAGAAGACAGAGAUUUAGGAACACAAGAAGAUAUGCUUUUGUUUGAAGUAUGUUGGGUUUGUACUGAGGUAACAUGGUGGAUCUGCAGUGCAGAAAAUUUAUUCCUGAUCUGAAGUCAAUAGCAAAAAGAUAGGUGAAAUCAGCUUUAAAGAAAGUAGGUGA